CGCUGUUUAACGAGGGGAUGUUUUUCUGUCGUGUGAGGAUAACGAGCCAGCGGAUCCGAGUCUCCGUCAACAGACCCGUCAACCGACGGCCACGGAGCCGAGAAACACGAGCAGCUACUCCGCGGAGGACUUCUGGGUUUUAACCGCCUUCGAACCGGAGACGAGCGCUCUUCUGUUCUUCUUCUGCGCGGCGCUGUUUGUUUGUCUUCGCCGGACUGGUGGGAGUUCGCCUGAGAUCGGUGGAUUAACACACUGAGGACUCCGCUGUGAUAUCGGGCUCAAGUGUCACAUUUGUGGAUUAACGUUACUUCCGUGCGCACAUUUGUGUCUGUGGUGGUUUCCCAGCUGGUUAUUUGGAGUUAGUUAAUUUUUUUUUUUUUUUUUUUGUGAGUCCGGACAAGAGACCAACGGACACUUGUUGAAAUACAACAUCUCGGGAGCCUUGCUAACGUUAGCGGCGAGAGUUAGCCUCCACGGCUAAUAACUUUCUCUAAAAACAAAACAAACACAAAAACGGAGACAAGUUGCUUGUGAUACGCGCCAGUUAAGCGGUGGACCGAUGUCCGAGUGUCGGCAAGGCGGCGAAGCGCGUUCGUGCGACAAACAAAUCCGAUGAGAUGACACUGACAGCGGCUUAGCUAACUCUGCUAGCUGCCGCGGCUAGUUUACUCUGGAUUCCCGCAGCGGUUCGCCUGUUAGCAAUGACGGCUAACGUUAUGCUAGCGCUACAUUCAAACAAGUGGUUCGCUGGAUAACGUCAAUAUGAAGUUGGACUGUGCAGUUAACUCAUUUUAACCCACACCUCGUUCGGUUGGAAAGUAAACCGCGACCUCACAACUCGCACCGGCUUGAUUUACUUCGCUCUACGGGCACAAGACAACUUUUAUUUAGGGUUAGCUUAGCUGAAUUAGCCUAGCGGCUUUAGCUAACAGCGCUAGCUCGGUUUACGGUAACUAACUGGUGGUGGGCUGCUCUCUGAAACGACUUUCGCUCAGUCGGACUUUUUGUUUUUAAACGGUGAUGUGUUCACUCAAAGACUUUGGGCAGUGAGACUCCGAGCGCCUAACAGCACUUUUUUAACCCUUCCAACACCACAAGUAGCUGAAGUUGUGAAACUGCGGCCCGCAUCAUGUCCGGCUCCCCAGGCACAGGUGGCUCAAACCCCCGGAAGUUCAGCGAGAAGAUAGCGCUGCACAACCAGAAGCAGGCAGAGGAGACGCGGGCCUUUGAGCAGCUGAUGACAGACCUCACUGUUUCACGGGUGCAGUUUCAGAAGGUCCAGCAGCUCCGUCUGACCCAGUCCCGCGCGCAGUACUACGGCUCCCUGCCCAACGUCCACCAGAUCGGCAACGCCGCCACCGAAUUCCAGGGCGGCUUUCCGUCCGGAUUGGUCUCAGCCAGAGGGACCCGCCACCACGGGCUGGUGGAGAGGGUCCCCAGGGACCGCAACCGCAUCAACUCCCCCCACCGCCGACCCGUCGACAAGCACGGACGGCAGAUAGAAAGCUCCCCGUACGGAGCGGUGUACCUGUCCCCACCUCUGGACAACAACUGGAGAAGGGAACAGCAGCCAUGGACCGAGGACAAACGGCCUGGGUUGAGAUUAAUAUCACAACUCAACAGAACCAACUCCGACUCGGCUCUCCACACGAGCGCCAUGAACCCAAACCCCCAGGACCCUUUUGGCAUGAACCAGCAGAUGGGUCGAGGUCCUCUGCAGCGCAACGGCUGGAAUGCAGCCAGCGUAACCGAGGCGGAGGCCGACGGCUCUGGAAGCGUGUUCUCCUUCCCCGCCCUGACCAACGAGGAGGGUCUGAUCGGGGUCAGUAAGCCGCUGCCCAAGCAGCUGUGGGAGGCCAAGAAGGUCCAGUCUCUGGCAUCCAGGCCUAAAUCGUGUGAAGUGCCUGGAAUCAAUAUAUUCCCGUCCCCGGAGCAGAACCCGGGCCUGUCCCACUACCAGGGCCUGCUGAACACCAGCGGCUCCCUGCCCGACCUCACCAACCUGCACUUCGCCUCGCCGCUCUCCACGCCGCUGGACCCGGAGGACAACGGGGGCUUCUCCCACCUGAGCGGGGGCAGCAGCACCGGGAACCUGCCGGCCGCCAUGAUGCACCUCGGCAUCGGCCAGUCACAGGGUCUGUCCUCGUCUCUGAGCAAUCCCUCCAUUCAGGCGUCCCUCAACAACUGCCAGCUGCAGUCGUCGCUCAGCAACCCGUCCAUCAACUCGUCCCUGCGUCUGUCCAGCAACUCCCCCCGGCGGCGGCCGGCUCCCAUCAGCCCGCUCACCCUGUCUCCUGGCACCGAGCAGCGCAGGGCUCUGUCCAAGCAGAUGUCCCCCACCAUGUCCCCCGCGCUGUCCCCCAUCACGCAGGGAGUUGCUUUGGAUACCAGCAACAUGCCAAGGGAGCCGCCCCCACCCUAUCCGCUCUACCAGCAAGCCCAGCAUGCAGUGGACCAGGGCCGGCACCAGCAACAGCACCAGCAACAACAACACCACCAGCAACAACAACACCACCAGCAACAGCAACAACAACAACACCACCAGCAACAACAACAGCACCAGCAGCAACAACAACAACACCAGCAGCAGCAUCAGCAUCAGCAACAGCAUCAGCAACAACAGCAUCAGCAGCAGCCUCUUUCCCCUCUGGACUUCAACGCGAGUCAAAUCAACAACAUGGCGGCACUCUUCAACGACCCCUUCAUGGAGCAACAGUUUUCCAAUCGCCAGACCAAGACUCACCCCUAUCAGUUGGACCAGUUCGCCCUGUUGGAAAACGCGAUGAGCUCCACGGCGGGGGGCUCCUUCUUCGACCCUUCCUCCGCCCCUCUGCUGUACUACUCCCAGGCCGCCCUCUCGGGCGGCAGCCUGCAGGACCCGAUGCACAUGAGGUCCAACAUGCUGUACCCCAACUGCAGCGGAGGACUGCCCAACAUCAUACUCACUGAUGACUCCAAUCCCAACCUGUCGAAGGACAUCAGCAGCGCCCUCUCCACGGUGCCAGAGUGCUUUGACUCGGAGGGCUGCUUCCCGCUGGAGGACGAGCUGCGCAUCGAGCCCCUCAGCCUGGACGGUCUGAGCAUGCUCAGCGACCCCGACAUGGUGCUGCCCGACCCGUCGGUGGAGGACUCCUUCCGCAGCGACCGACUCUAGAGCGCGGAGGGGAGCGAGCGUUCCCAUCUCGAUGCGCAUGCCGGGGCACUAAGACUCAUUUAAAUGUGAAAAGACGCCGUGUGCACCGACACGCACACAUGAACAAACGCUAUUUACACGCAGAGGUCCUGUCGUGAUGCUCAAGACCUUGUUUGAAACGCGGCCGAUCGAUGCAGUUUGAGUUAUAACCCGCCCCCCCCUCCACUAACGAAGAAGACUCGGACCAACAUGUGAGACUAAAUCCCACUUCUCUCUCUCCCUCACCAGCUCACAGCCCCCUGAAGCCAUGGUAACCUAAUUGCCAUGGUUACACACCGUAGCAACCCGCGGUGCACUGCUGAAGAGCAGCAGAAAAACCAACACAGACACUAACUUUACUGACAACACAGACAUGUGUCGGUGCCUAAACAUCUGGCAGCCCAGGAGCAGUGACAUGUGUCGGUGGCUAAACAUCUGGCAGCCCAGGAGCAGUGACAUGUGUCGGUGGCUAAACAUCUGGCAGCCCAGGAGCAGUGACAUGUGUCGGUGGCUAAACAUCUGGCAGCCCAGGAGCAGUGACAUGUGUCGGUGGCUAAACAUCUGGCAGCCCAGGAGCAGUUACGUUUGUUGGUGGUAAAACAUCUGGCUGCUUAAGGGUUGUGUUGGUGGUAAAACAUCUGGCGGCCCAGGAACAGCAACAUGUGUCAAGUGAAAGCCAGCUGUUCCAACGUGGUUACUUCAGGCGCUUGAACAAUCGUGGUAGAAAUGAAGACUGAAGAGAUGACCGCUUUUGUUUCAAAUAUAUUUCUUUACAUAUGGUAUCAGAUUCUUUUUUAGAUGUUUAUGUACAUGUGUGUGCAUAUAUACAAUAUAUUAUAUACAUAGAUCUAUAUAUAAAUAAAUAUAUGUAAAACCCUCAAUUUCAGUCAGAUUAGAAUGUGUUUUCAAACGCGAGACAAAAAGGGCAAACUGUUUACAAGAUGAUAUUUUAAUAAGUAAAUAUUACUUAAGGAUAUAGAUUUUUGAAUUUCUAAAAGAGAUUAAAUUCGAAGAUAUUUUAAAUAAAUGAUAUAUUUUUCCUUGAUUUGGUUGGAUACUCUCCGUCUCCUCGGUCCACUGGCAGAAUUUUGACGGCACUGCGACCGCCUCAAAUCCAUCGAAAACAAAAAGUCUAACUUCUUUUCUUUUUUUUAUGUGUACAGUCAUUGCUGAUCUUUUUAUUUUACAUUUUGUACCGGCUUGUAAUGGCGCUUUUAUUGUACUUGUGUUGUGAAUAAGGGCACGCUCUGUUUCUGUGGGUUCGCCCCCCCCCCCCUCCCCUCCUUCCCGGCUGUGAACAUGUGGACACUGGACGUCAUGUAACAUUGCACUUAACCUCUUUUGCACUAAUCGGUUCAACGACAUGUAUGUUGUUUUCUACCUGCUAACCCAAAGAAGUCGAGAGAAUCCAUCACUGAGGAAAGUGAGUGAACGUUUCGUCACUGCUCACAUGUUAGAAACACCAGCAGCGAGUGUUUAGUUUGGAUGUUAGGAAAUGUAUGUUUUGUAGGCUCUCGUGAUCCUAUGACGUUGACGUGUUUUUGCAAAGCGCUAUGAGUGGUUAUGUAAGUACUCAGCCACACGUGGCGGUGAGCGCCCUCUAGUGUCCCUUUCUACUGAGUCAGUUACUUUCUAAAUAUGUUUUUUUUUAAAGCUAUGCAACUCUUUAAUCAAGCGCAACCUGUUGAACAGGUCAUGCAAUUUUUAUUUGCGCAAUGUGGGAGGAGUCAAAUUAGCCCUAAAUCACAAUAUUACACGUGUCCAGUGUCCACGGUGGAAGAAGAGUCAACAAGAGCAAGUUUAUACCGAAACCUUUUUUUUUUUUUUUUAAAGAAACUUGUUUUUUCUUUUCUUUUUUGUAAACUGCCUGCAAACAACGGUGGCACUUGUUGUUUUUCUUUUUUGUUCUGGGCCCGAAAGUGCUGAAGCUGCACUGUGUGGACGCACUUAUACGUGACUAUGAAAUGAAGUUUAUAUUCAGUCUCACCUGUUUUGCUUUGUUUCCCUCUGGUUAGCUCUUAAAGACACUGCAGUUUAAUUUCCCCUUUUCUCUGUUUCCUGCUGUAAACGUUCGCCUUCUGCUGCCUUACUUUAUUAUUUUGUGACUUUUCAUAUUCCCGCAGUGAGCUGCAUCAUAAAGUGGAAUCUCUAACUCGCUUCUAGCCGCCCGUCCGUCUCUCUCCUGCUCUCUCUUUUAUUUUGUUACUAUUUUAGUUGCAUAUUAAAGAAUGUACAGUUCUGUUAUUUAAAGAGAUUUUUUGUGCACUUUUUUUUUUUUUUUGGUGUAAUGUCAUUUGAUAUAGAUAUACAAAUGUUCUUGUAUAAUGUAUGUUUAUAGUGCUUCUCUUUUCUGAUUUAAUAUACAAUAAACCCUGUACCGUG